CAAGAACUUCCAGUUCAACCGGAAGUAGUUUCUCACACACGUGAAUUUAGACAGAAGCAGCAGAGGAUGGAUUCUACCAAGGUAACAACUUCAGAAAGUGUUUCCAAGAAAAAAGGGAAAACGAAGAAACUAAAGCAAAAGAUAAAACCCGACGAAGCUCCGGUGCAGGAGAUGGAACAGGCGGAGAUUGAAGUAACAGAGAAUAAAUCCGAGUCGGGAGCUUGUUUUCCUCCCACAUUCAGCGUGUCUGAGAUCAAAAACAAGCAGCGCAGACAUGCGAUGUUCCUGAAACUCAAGGAGGAGAAAAGAAAGCAAAAGUUGGAACUGAAAAAGAAAAAGAAAAAAGAGAGAAAAGCUCUUGGAGAUCAGGCUCCACCAAAAGAAGUUCCCAAGACAAUAGAAAACCAGAGAAUAUAUGAUGAAACCACAGUCAACCCAGAGGAUGAGGAGGUGGCUUUUGAUGAAGGAACCGACGAGUUCUCUGCUUACUUUAAUCGGCUCACAAAUCCCAAAGUUCUCAUCACCACUUCGGACAGGCCCAGAGGAAGGACCGUGAGGUUUUGUGAGCAGCUGGCAACAAUGAUCCCACAUGCGCAUGUGUACUACAGAAGAGGUCUGGCGUUGAAGAGAGUCAUUCCUCAGUGUAUAUCUAGAGGUUUCACUUAUCUGAUGGUGAUCAAUGAGGACAGAAAAGUGCCAAAUGGUUUGGUUCUCUGUCACCUUCCUGACGGGCCAACUGCACAUUUCAAAGUCAGUAGUGUUCGCCUUCGCAAGGAAAUGAAGAGAAGAGGUAAGGACCCAACGGAACACGUCCCAGAAGUCAUCCUUAAUAACUUCACUACUAGACUCGGUCACUCCAUCGGCCGGAUGUUUGCUGCUCUGUUUCCUCAUGAUCCACAGUUUGUGGGCCGUCAGGUUGCCACAUUUCACAAUCAGAGAGACUUCAUUUUUUUCAGGUUUCACAGGUACAUCUUCAAAAAUGAAAAGAAAGUGGGCAUACAGGAACUAGGACCUCGCUUCACUCUUAAACUUCGCUCUUUACAGAAAGGAACCUUUGACUCAAAGUUUGGGGAAUAUGAGUGGGUUCACAAGCGCCAUGAGAUGGACUCCAGCAGAAGAAAAUUCCAUCUUUGAGGGACAGAAUGGAAACACAGGACAACCGUGUUGACUUUUCAUGAAUAUCUAAAAAUCUUUUGUUAUGGAACGAAAGAGUUGUAGAAAUGCAAGCUUUGUCUUUACUGUAUUAUAUUUUCUUCAUAAGAAUAUUAUAACCAGCCUGAACACACAGAGACUUGAUGUGUCUCAAAGCAUGAAAAAUAAAUCAAGUAAAUGUAUCAUAAUGACAUUUUUCCCAUAUUUGAUUGAAGACAUGGGUGGAAGUGGCAAAUUUGUGAUGAGUGUUUAUGUGAAAUUUCAGAUUAAAACGACUGAUGUCUUGUUUUUGCAAUACUGAAGACAUACACAAAAUACUUUCAGACAUGCGAAAAACAAACCCUUGGAAAGACUUAAAACUAAAUUUGUCAUUGUAGAUUUCUGAACUUUUAAUAAAAAUGUUUUCUAGCA